CCCGGGGAGGCGCCCUAGUAGCGGGGAUCGGCGGCCGGGGCCUGGCGCUGUCCUACUGCCACACCCCGGCGCAAAAUGGCGGCGCGGCUGCUCCGCCUGCGUGGGCUCUUGCGGGCCGCCGGCCCCCGGCCCUUCUCUGCCCAGGCCAGCCCUGCGCACACUGAACAGCAUGGCAUAAAGCGCCAAGAACCCUCUUCGGCUAAAAGUUUAACUGAUAUAGGAACUCGGAGGAUCUUCACGUCUGAUCAUGAUAUCUUCAGAGAGAGUGCCAGGAAAUUCUUUCAGGAAGAAGUGCUGCCUUUUCAUGCAGAAUGGGAAAAGGAAGGUCAGGUGAGCAGGGAGCUCUGGGAGAAAGCUGGACAGCAGGGCUUGCUGGGUGUUGCUAUUGCUGAAAAGCAUGGAGGCAUUGGAGCGGAUAUUCUCUCUUCUGCCGUGGUCUGGGAGGAGCAGAUGUAUGUUAACUGUACUGGCCCAGGAUUCAGCCUUCAUUCAGAUAUAGUCAUGCCUUACAUUGCAAACUAUGGCUCUGAAGAGCAAAUUAAACGCUUUAUCCCUGAAAUGACUGCAGGCAAGUGUAUUGGUGCCAUUGCAAUGACAGAACCUGGGGCUGGCAGUGAUCUGCAAGGAGUACGAACAUAUGCAAAAAAAGAUGGAAGUGACUGGAUUCUUAACGGGAGUAAGGUAUUCAUCACCAAUGGUUGGAUGAGUGAUGUAGUGAUCGUAGUUGCAGUUACAAACCGAGAAGCCCGAUCUCCUGCUCAUGGAAUCAGCCUUUUUCUGGUAGAAAAUGGAACAAAAGGUUUCAUCAAAGGACGCAAGCUGAACAAGAUUGGCUUGAAAGCUCAAGACACAGCAGAGCUGUUUUUUGAAGAUGUGCGGUUGCCAGCGAGUGCCUUGCUUGGAAAAGAAAACAAGGGCUUCUAUUAUUUGAUGGCAGAGCUCCCUCAGGAGAGACUGUUAAUUGCUGAUAUGGCUCUUGCCGGCUGUGAAUUCAUGUUUGAAGAAACAAGGAAUUAUGUGAAGCAAAGAAAAGCCUUUGGGAAGACAAUUGCACACUUGCAGACUGUACAGCACAAGUUGGCAGAAAUGAAAACGCAGAUUUGCGUGGGACGAGCCUUUUUGGACAACUGUUUGCAGCUGCAUGCAGAUAAACGCCUGGACUCCUCCACAGCUUCUAUGGCUAAGUACUGGUCGUCUGAUCUCCAGAACAGCGUAGCUACUCAGUGUGUGCAACUGCACGGAGGCUGGGGGUACAUGUGGGAGUAUCCAAUUGCAAAAGCUUUUGUGGACGCCCGUGUUCAACCAAUCUACGGUGGCACCAAUGAAAUAAUGAAAGAGCUUAUUGCUAGAGACAUUGUCAGUGACAAGUAGGGCAGCCGCUUGCUCCUCUGAGACCCUUCCCCACCCCUUGUAUAGUAAUAUAUGGCAUAAAAUCAGACACCAGAAUGUAACUAAAAGAGAUCUAUGUAGCACACCGAGCUCCUUCAAGGAG